GCUGGGUACAACGCAUCCCCACUGCACGCCCUCUCCCCUUGCGAGCCUCUCACAACCUCUCCGCGCGCGCCCAGCUGUACCACCGAGCUAUUCUUCUAUUCCCCGCUCCGACACCCUCCGCGAUGCCUCGAUAGCGGUUGCAUUCGAGUCCCCGGACCUGAGCAACCACCUCCAUCAACCACCGUUCCAACCAUUUCAGCAUACAUCCGCUCCGCCCGUUCCUGGAUAGACAACUGUGCCCUAUCCCAUGGCGAGCUCCUUCGAGAAGUCUGUCAGGGGCGGCACGAAAAUCAAGCUCGCGGCUCCCAAGUCGAAAUACGUCGAACAUAUUCUUGUCGCUACUCACGCCGGCGAAGCGGGUGUAGCGGAAAUCUUCCGAGCGCUCACGAAUAGGCUUCGUGAUUCGACAUGGACUAUUGUUUUCAAGAGCUUGAUUAUCGUACAUCUCAUGAUCCGGGAGGGGGAACCCGACGUCACGCUUAAGUAUCUGGCUCAAAACCCCGGAAGGAAGCUGGCAAUUAAUCACUUCACUGAGGUCCAAACGCAAGGUUACAAUAUCAAGACGUAUUCGGAGUACCUCCUCACGCGUGCAAAGGAGUAUGGCAGUACGCGUGUGGACUAUGUCAGAGGUGGAGAAGGUCGGCUAAAGAGGCUGAGCAUUGAUAAGGGCCUGCUGCGGGAGACGGAGAGCGUUCAGAAUCAGAUUCGGUACCUCUUGAAGUGCGAACCUUUCCAUGAUGAACCGGAAAACGAGAUCACAUUGACCGCCUUUCGGUUACUGACUAUGGACCUGCUUGUACUGUUCCACGUUAUGAACGAGGGUACGAUCAACGUUCUUGAGCACUACUUCGAGCUGUCCAAACCGGAUGCCGCACGGGCAUUAAAGAUAUAUCGGACGUUCGUGAAGCAGACGGAGGCUGUGGUGCAAUAUCUGAGCGUCGCCCGCCUGCACGAACAUUCGACCCGGUUAGAGAUUCCAAAAAUCAAACACGCGCCCACCAGUUUAGCUGCUUCCUUAGAAGAGUAUCUCAAUGACAAGGACUUUGAAAUCAACCGGAGACAGUACCUCGCUGAAAAGGAAGCAAAGAAGAAUGGCGGGAAGAGCACGAAUGGAACCGGCAAACCGCUGGUCGAAGCCGACUCGACCUCAGUGAAACCUGCUACUUCAAACCAGACCGCCGCAGCACCUGCGAAGCCAGCCGCCAACGCUCCUCUGAUUGACCUGUUCGAGUCUAUUGCAGAUAAUCAACAGGUUAUGGGUCAACCGCAGGUGCAACAGUUUUCUCAGCCAACUGGAUUUCAACAACCAGGGUUCCAAAAUCCAGCCCAACCCGCAGGAAUGGCUUUCCCGCAGCAACCACCCCAACAACCGUUCAGUGCAUCCUAUGGACAAGGUACGAAUCCCUUUGCUCAGAUGCAGCAGCCACCGCAGCAACCACAGCAACCGCAGCUCCAAACACAGUUCACAGGUGCUGGUUUUGGAGGGUAUACAGCUCAACCCUUCAGUCCUCAGAACCCUUCGUUGGCCCCUAUACCUCACAAUGGGGUUGCAAGUUAUAAUUCGCCACCUCAGCCCAUCCAGGAGCUUGCAGCAUACCCAUCACAGACGCAACCGAUAUAUGAAAUGCCAACGACAUCCCAACCACUUCAGCCACAACCAACGUCGACGAACCCAUUCCGUCACUCGUUGAUGCCUCCCGCUGCGGGAGCGACAGACCCCAAACUGCUCAGCAACCCCACGGGCUCCGCCCCCUCUUUGUCACGAUCUCCUACAAACCCCUUUGCUCGACACAACGCUGGGAUGCAACAAUCCGGCCAGUCACCUAUCGGCAUGUCCUCCUCACCGUUCUCUCCACUUCCCUCAAUCCAGGAACCUCAACCACAAGCCGCUUUUGCGCCACAACAACAGCCGCAACCGCUCCAACCUGCACAGACGGGGACGAAUCCAUUUGCUCGCAAUCACUCUCCACAGCAAGGGGCACCUUCGUCCCAAGGAGGACUCACUGUGCACGCAACAGGAAGUACGAACCCGUUCCGCCAGAGCGCAUUCGUAAAUCAGCAAACAGGCCAAGGAUGGCAGCAUGCUGGAAACCAAGGAACCCUUGGUGGGUUGAGCCUAGACCAGGUGCCCACGACGAGCGUGUUUCCCCGGCCAGGACAGCAGACGGGGCAAUACAUGGGUUAGCACGCGGAUUGCUUGAAGCGGGCUUUCCUAUAUAUCAACCCGCAACGGCCGCGCACUCAAGACAGGGCGUUGUCCAGUGUGCAGCAUGGAAAGCAGGGGAAGUAAUUAUGGGUCUGGCAAAAAGGGUGGUCACGUCUAUUUACUUGGAUGCGGUCAAUCAUUAGUAGGCUGGCGAGUCGGUCCCGGCGUG